CAGAAAAGAUGAUAGUCUUUCUUGCCUAGGAACCUAGCACUCAUUUAGGCUGUCUGAAAGCUGAUUUCUGUUGAGAGAACUGAUUAAGCUAACUGGCAAGAGUCCAGGUGAGCCAUGAAAUGCACCUGAGACUAAGAUAGUGCUAGCACCAACUGCUUCUGUGCAUAACAGAUAGCCCACUUGAUGCAAUAGUUGCUCUCAGGUGGAGACAGAAUAAAAUGGAGAUCAGUCAAAAGGAGAUCAGUUCUCCAAACCUCAGCUGGAAAAAGAGUAUAAAAGAGACUUGGGAACAGGUAUCCCAGAUAAGCUGGAAAUCUGGAAAGCCCGAUUUUGCCAGACAAAAAGAUCCUAACUGCCUGCUUAUGUAAUGUCAUGUUAGAACCUACAUAUGUAAAGAUUAUGCUGCAUUAUUUGACACUGCUGGGAAGUAUUUCCAGGCACAGAACCACAGCUGUCUGACUGUAAGGACUGUUCCUGUUCCUAUACUAAAUACUACUAUUUAAUGUUGUCUCAAACAAGCCAGAAAUGUAGUUCAUGAGUUAAUGCAAUCAGUGUACGACCCACAACAGACACUUUACAUUGUGACAGUGCUCUCCUGGAAGCCAGGAUGGUUACGCAGCACAAUUGUCUACACUUGUGUAGGGGUUGUCAUCAGUGUGAGAAAACAGCCCCCUUGUUUAAUCCAUGAGUUAUAAAGUGAUUCACGUAUUCAGAAACAGAGCAAAACUAGAUGGCAUAGAGACACUUUAGCCCUCCAAUGCUAAUUAUGAACACUGAAGAACUUGCACUAUUUCCUAAGACACCUUCAUUGUGGUAGGUACUACUGCAAAUGAAUGUUGCAGAAAAGCUAGUGGAGAUCUCUUUUUCAGUGAAUGUUUUCAUUUUACUUAUUUGCAGAGAGAGGAAAGGUAAAGUCACUAAGCUAAUUAGUGGUUGAGGGCUGAUGGUGAUGUUGACCCAGUUGUUCUUCAUGUACAUGCAAGGAGUUGCUCCAUGUUCUCAAGCUAAACAGCCUGUGGAGAUACACAUGCUCAUAAACAAAGCCCCUAUCCUAAAUAACAACAUUGCCUAGGGUGUGCAGGGGUGAGCUCUUGCUGUUGGCUGCACAGCAGCAAUCUAUUUCUAGCUGAAACAAAGGGACGUAAGUCACAGGUGAUCAGGACCUGUCCUGGGUCACUGAUCAGUGAAGUUCUGUGGCUCAUUUAUUUAUUUAUUUAUUUAUUUAUAUGAAAUGCGCGUUUGGUCAAAUAUCUACAAGGUGGCCUUGCAGGGUUGGGGAGGAAUGUUCCAAACUGGUGGAAGAUAGCCAAAGCAUCUGUUAUUGGCUAAGGGACACUUGGUAGAGUACGCCCAUUCUACUGCUGAAUGUAUAUAAUUUCUGGAGAGAGAAAGAGGUGGGGAGAAGCUAGCUCGUCCCCAAAUCCUAAUCUCCAUUCAGGCUAUCCUAGAAAGAAGUUAGCCCCUGAACAGAAACUUGGUGAUUUCAGAGAAAGAUUGUCUGGAGACUGGACAGGCAGAGUUCUCAAGAUGCUGACAUCCAUCUUCCUGAGCCUUCUGUUCCACACUGCAACUUCUUUUCACCAACUACAUUACCUGGUGGUUAUCCCUGCAGAUCUCCGUUACCCAUCCGUUCAAGUUACCUGCCUCCAUAUCACCUGUUAUGAAGCAAAGAUUCAAGUAAAGCUGAUCCUGGAGCGCUUUGCAGGACGUGAUCUUAUAGUGCAAAAAAACAUCCAAAAGGAGAAAACUUUCAUGUGCACUAAGUUCUGGGUUGCACCUCCAGCUGAUGGCCCAGAGGAGAUUGCCACUGUCAGACUGAUUAUUACUGGUCAAGGGGUCAAUAUUGAGGAGAAGAAAAAGGUCCUGAUCCGCAAGGCGAGCAGUGGCACCUUCAUUCAAAUGGACAAGCCCAUCUAUAAACCAGGGCAGACAGUGAAAUUUCGUAUUGUGACUCUGGAUGAGGACUUCAUUGUGCUUAAUGAUUCGAUUUCCCUGUUUCUCCAGGACCCCAAGAACAACCGGAUAGAGCAGUGGCUGAAUGUGGUGCCGCAGGAAGGCAUUGCGGAUCUGUCUUUCCAACUAAGUGAUGAGCCUCUGCUGGGGACAUAUGUUAUCAAUGUAACCAACAGGAAAACAUAUGGCAGCUUCACUGUUGAGGACUAUGCGCUGCCAAAAUUUGAAGUGAUCUUUGAGACACCAGUGGUGAUUUAUGCGCUAGAUAAAACUUUUCCACUUCGGGUAUGUGGCAGAUACAGUUAUGGGAAAGCUGUCCAGGGGAUGGUUUAUGUGAGCCUUUGUCAGAAAAUAUCCCAGUUCUUGCCCAGUGCUUCGAAACCUGAUCUCUGUCAGGAAUUCAAGAGCAGGACAGACAAGAUGGGUUGCUUCUUCACAAAUGUGACCUUAUCCUUCAGCCAAGACUUGAGGUACUAUCGGGACAGCAUAGUUGCAGAGGCCUCACUGUUGGAGGAUGGCACAGAGAUACAGGUCAAUGCUUCCCACAAAUUACUCAUCUCCAAGAUUGGCGGGAUGGCCUUGUUUGAUGAUGUGAAUUCUUACUAUCACACUGGAGAGAUGUACAGAGGGAAGAUCAAAGUCAUUGACUACAAAGGCGAGACGCUGAAGUACAAAAAUGUCCUCCUUGUAGUAAGUUUUGGUGAGCAGCAGUUUCAGCAAAAGUACAUCACUGGAGACACUGGAAGAGCUUCAUUUAGCUUAAACACAACUACUUGGAACAGCACCCCAGCCUCCCUGGAGGCAAGUGUCCUGCAUCAGGAUUUGGAUGGGGAGCCUGAGACAGUUGAUUUGAAUUACCAGAGAGCCUCUCAUUUCAUACAUCCAUUCUACAGCACCAGCAGGAGUUUUCUCAGUAUUGUCCGUGUGCCAGAAAUGAUGCCUUGUGGUAAGAAGCAGGCUAUCCAGGUGGACUUCAGAAUUUACAAAGAAGACCUGGAACAUGGGCCCAAGCGUGUAAUUUUCUCCUACCUUGUCACGGGGAAAAGUGGAAUAGUUCAGGCAGGUCAGAAGACUGUUUGGGUUGGGCUGCCAAGAAUGCUGAAAGGCUUCUUCUCCAUCCCUGUUACCUUCAGCUCAGUCUAUUCUCCAGCUCCAACACUUAUUGUUUAUGUUAUCUUCCCUAAUGGAAAAAUCAUCGCUGAUUCUGCCAUCUUCAGUGUCUCCUUGUGUUUCAGAAAUAAGGCAGAGCUGAGCUUCUCAGUGCCCAAGACUCUUCCUGGUUCAGAGGUUGAUCUCCGCCUGCAGGCACCACCUGGAUCUACAUGUGCUGUCUGGGCUGUGGAUCAGACUGCCUUUUUGCUAAAGCUAGAAAAAGAACUCAGCCACUCCAUGAUCUAUGGGCUCUUUCCAUCUAUUUAUAACUCCGGAUAUCCUCAUCAAGUGUCUGAAGAUGACAAUUCAUGCAGGUUCCAAAAUUCUGAUCAGCCUGAUGUGUUUACAGCAUUUAGGGAAAUGGGAUUGAAAAUUAUGUCCAACAUCAAUAUCAGGAAACCAAGACUGUGUCUAACUGAUCAGUCAACAACUACGAUGAAGAAAAGAGGGAUGUUCACUUCCAGUCCCAUGUUGACGUUUGCUCAGCCCCAUAAGGAAUCUAACACAGGACAUCUGAUGACAUCUACCUAUCAGCCCACUAUGUUUUCACCUGUUUCUUCAGCUGAAGAGAAAGUGCACAAGUAUUUCACAAAAACCUGGCUAUGGGAUUUGUAUUCUGUUGGUCCUAGUGGAAACCAAACCAUCACUGUCACUGUGCCUAAUACCAUCACAAGAUGGGAAGCUGGGAUGUUCUGCACAGGACGUAAUGGCUUCGGACUAGCUUCUGCCUCCAGUCUGCUUGUUUUCAAGCCCUUUUUUGUGGAGCUCACACUUCCAUCUUCUGUGAUCCAGGGUGAAACCUUCAUCUUGAAGGCCACAGUCUUCAACUACCUACAGCAAUGUAUGAAGAUCCAAAUGACUAUGGAGGAGUUCCCACAUUUCCAGCUGAAGUCAUGUGAGGGUUGUGUCUACAGUAGCUGCUUAUGUGCUGGAGAAGUAAAGACGUUUCUUUGGAGUGUCACAGCUGAGCGACUGGGGCUCAUGAACAUCACUCUCAGCACAGAGGCCAUUGCCACCAAAGAGCUCUGUGGCAAAGAGAUACCGUUUGUCCCAAACCAAGGACAGAAAGAUACAAUCACCAAACUCCUUUUAGUCCGGCCAGAAGGAGUGCUAGUAGAAAAGGCUCACAGCUCCAUCCUGUGUCCCAAAAAAGGGAGUCCAGCAGAGGAGUCUGUGUCCUUAAUGUUGCCUCUAAAUGUGGUUGAAGGUUCAGUGAGAGCUACUGUCUCGAUCACUGGUGACCUCAUGGGGAUAGCACUGCAAAACUUGGACCAGCUGGUGCAGAUGCCCCAUGGCUGUGGAGAGCAGAACAUGGUACUGUUUGCCCCUAUUGUCUACGUGCUACAGUACCUGGAGAAGACAAGGCAGCUGACUCCUGAGAUUAAGGAGAGGGCAACAGGAUUCUUGCGCAAUGGGUACCAGAUACAGCUGCAGUAUCAACAUCCUGAUGGUUCUUUCAGUGAAUUUGGUACCAGGGAUGAGUACGGUAAUACUUGGCUGACUGCGUUUGUGGUCAAAUGCUUUUCCCAAGCCAAGCCAUACAUUUUCCUGGACAACAGGAGCAUCCAAGCUGCUUUCAAAUGGCUGGAGUUCCACCAGCUUCCGAAUGGCUGCUUCAGAGAUGUGGGCCAACUUUUCCACAGAGCCAUGAAGGGAGGUAUGGAUGGGGAAGUUCUCUUGGCUGCCUACAUCUCUGCUGCAUACAUGGAGAGAGGAGAUACACCAGAGAGUACAGUGGUACGCAAGGCUCUGGGAUGUAUCAUUCCUUCCCUUCCCAAAGCUGCCAGCACUUACACACAGGCUCUGCUGGCCUACACCUUCGCCCUGGCUAAGGACUCUCAACGCACACAAAAGCUUCUUGACAUACUUGAUCAAAGCGCAAUCAGAGAAGGUGGGCAGAUCCAUUGGAGCCAGAGCCCAUCCAAGACACACAGCACUAGCCUUUGGUCACAGCCACUAUCUGUGGAUGUGGAGUUAACAGCUUAUGUCCUUCUGGCCCUGCUCUCCAAGCCAAAUGUCACAGAGGCUGAUUUCACCACAGCCUCUGGCAUUGUGGUCUGGCUCACUAGACAACAAAAUGCCUAUGGAGGAUUUGCCUCAACACAGGAUACAGUAGUUGCCCUGCAGGCCUUGGCUAAGUAUGCAGCACUGACACACAACACAAAAGGAGUUGCAGAAGUGAGGGUGAGGUCCCAGAGAGGCUCUGGGAGGAAGUUCCAAGUUUCCUAUCAGAAUCGGCUUUUGGUGCAGGAGAUGGCGCUGACAGAAGUCCCAGGAAAGUUCUCAGUGCAAGCCCAUGGCAGCUGUUGCGUCUUUACCCGGACGGUGCUGAGAUACAACAUUCCCUCCCCACAGGUUUCCAAGUCCUUUGCCUUACAAGUGAAAACCAAGCCAGACAAUUGCACCGAGAAUGAUGCAUACUCUGUUACUCUCUAUGUCAAUGUCAGGUACACUGGAAAGAGAGCCAUUUCCAAUAUGGUGAUUGUUGAAGUGUCCCUACUCUCUGGAUUUGUCCUCGCUGCAAGAUCUGGGAUAUCUCCACAUCAUUGGUAUCCUGUGAGAAGAACAGAGAAAACCCAAGCAGGUGUUGCCAUCUACUUGGACAAGCUGAGCCAUAUGUCUGAGACAUAUGUUCUGCAUCUGGAAAGGGAAAUUGGAGUGACCAAUCUGAAGCCAGGACAUGUCAGGGUCUAUGACUACUACCAUCCAGAGGAGCAGGCCCUUACUGAUUAUAAUGUUUUCUGCAUCUGAGGUAGGUGUGUACUCCACAAAGAUUUUUUACUGUUCCCUUCCUCAACCACUAUACGGAUCUAGUAGCCUCAUUAUGUUUCUUCUCUUGCUGCCUGAGAAGAGCCUUGCAAACCACUGAUUCAGCGUGUUCCCUUUAUUUAGAACUUCAUCUGGAAUUUCCUGAGCCUCUGGGGAUUUUAUCACCUGUCCUCUGUUUUCUGGAUUUUGUCGUUGCUAUAUUGCUCUGUAGGUGGGACAUGAAAUGAUUAACAUGUGCUCUUGCUAUGAAGGACUAGUCACGCAUUUUAAGGACUCUCCAAAGGAUACGUGGGCUGGUAAUAGUGCAUGGGCCAGCUAAGUGACAGUGCUUGCAGUUUGCACUGUGACAGAAGAAAGUCCAAGCAGAAUUCAAGGUAUUAAUUUUAGUUGACACUAUUUGGAUAUGGAAUAGAAUCAUAGAAUAUUCCAAGUUGGAAGGGACCGUGACAGUCAUCAAGUCCAACUCCUGACACUGCUGAACGUCCCACCUUUUUUUCUGGGAAAAGCUGAAUUAAGACAAGGGCACUUAAUUAAGCCAGAGAAACACUGUCCGUGAGAGUCCUUACUGAGGAUCUGCUCUCCAUAGCUGCUAGCAUCCCAGAAAUAAUAACUUUGGUUAUGCUAUUUUCUCUCUGAUAUGAUUCCUCUUUUUACUAUCAUUUCUCCAGGGACAUAGCCUGCUUUCUUACUGUCCACUGUUUCAGCCCACAGGAGUUCUACUAGUGGGACAUGCCCUAGGAUGGAAAUUACAGUUACUGGUAUGCUGGGGCCUGUGUCACCUGGAAAGUCACAUCUCAGUGGACUUUGAUACUG